CCGCUCUGCACUAAGCACACGGAUGAGCAUAAUAUGGUGGAUGCCAUGGAUUACCCCAGUUCUAUUCAUUUGAAACCGUCUUUCAGUCUUAUUCAGAACCUACCUUGGUACCGCUGGGCAAGACUCUGAGCCCAUGUUCCAGAUCGGAGGGGCUGACAAUGGUACAGGCUCCUCCGAGUCCCGGGGAUGAUGUUCUUUCAUCUCAUUUCUUGCUGUGUUUCUAACUUACGACAUUAACGAACUAUAUUUUCACGAUCUCUCAUGAUUGAAUCUACACUUAUCAUGGACUUUGCUAGCGGCAGAGAAACUAGCCUCGAUGCUCUCCAACAUUCGGCUGUGCCAAAAGCGGAGAGUGCCAACGUUGUCUUUUGGGUCGACAUCUUUAUACUCUGCUUUAUUGCCAUUUGCACACUUUUUCAAUCCCCGCGCUAUUUUGCUCGCCUACUGAGUCCCGACGAGAGAGGCGGCGGACACUUCCUAUCAAGAAAUCCCGUGGCUAGGACGGUCGCUUCUAGUCCUAGCUUGAUGAAGACGAGCGAGUCAUCCGCCGACCUUGUGGAAAGGGCACACUCUGGUAAAUUGGAGCAGCGCACUAAUGCUUUCGUCCCGCAACACAUUCGCGCGUGGCCCACAGUACUCAGGACGACCACCGCAUUUCUGCGUAUCCGGUUCCUCGGCAGAAUCCAUCUUGGCGGUACAAUGCUUCUGACAUUUUAUUUCGGGCUGCUCCUGUUCGCUGGGCUGUACAGGGACAGCUUAUUCACCAACCAAAUACGUGCUGCGUACGUGGCUGUCUCACAGAUCCCGUUCGUAGUCGCCCUGGCUACGAAGAACAACAUCAUCAGUAUGCUCAUCGGCAUCGGGUGGGACCAUAUGAACUACAUCCAUCGCUUCACGGGAAGACUGCUUGUGAUAGCGGCCAACGUCCAUGCCAUAGGAUACAUUUACCGCUGGACAAUCUUGGGGAAGUUCACGAGGCAUAUAGAGCAACCGCGCUACAUCUGGGGUAUUGUUGCGCUCGUAUGUGUCGAUGUUCUGUUCUUCUUCUCCCUUGCCAUAUGGCGUCAACGAGCAUACAACGUCUUCUUCGUCUCACAUGUCGUCGCGUUCAUACUCUUUCUGGUUGCGGUGUGCUUUCACAUGCGCGACGCGCUUCCAUAUGUUCUCGUGGGCGCUGGUAUCUACAUGGUCGACCUCCUACUGCGUUUCGCGAAGACCCGUAUCUGCGCGGCGAAUCUCCAGGCUCUGCCAGAGCUUGACAUGACGUCUCUUCAAAUUCCAACGCUCAAUGCAGGAUGGCGCGCAGGCCAGCACGUACGGCUACGCGUGCUCUCCACGGGCAUGGGUUGGCACGGCUGCGCAGAGACCCAUCCGUUCACGAUUGCAAGUGCGAGCAUGGGGACGGCGCAGCAAGGUCUCGUCAUACUGGCCAAGAACACAGGGAGAUGGACGCAGCGGCUGUACAACAUUGCUGCUGGGUCGCCGUUCGGGGAAGGCUCGAAUGUCACCGUCAAGGUCAUGGUGGAGGGACCAUACGGCGGUCCGGGAAACACCGUGAUUUCCAGCUUCUCGGGGGCACUGUUUGUCGUCGGAGGCAGCGGGAUUUCGUACGCACUGUCGUCCGUAGAAGAACUACUGGAGAAGGCUGCAAGAGGCACCAGCAGCGUCGCUGUCGUCGACCUGAUUUGGUGUGUCAAAUACCCCGACUCCCUCAUUCCGCUCGCGUCUAUCUUCUCCUCGCUGCUGCUUGAGAGCGCAGCAGGCCCUACGGCGCUGCAGAUCUCUGUCUUCUUUACACGCGCGCCGACAGCCGGACACUCGCUCAAGGCCUUCGACCUGCCUGCAGGUAUGACACUGGACUCGGGUCACCCGAACAUCCCUUGUCGGCUGGCCGAUCUCGUCGAACGCGCCAAGGCCCGCCAGGCCGCAGCAGGAACGCGCGCGAAGCCGCGCGGCGUCCUCGUCGGCACGUGCGGACCAUUGGCGCUAGGCGAAGUCGUGCGCGAAGCCAUCGACGGGCUGGACGAAUUGCUCUACGAGACGGUCGGCGGCAUCGAGCUGAACGAAGAAAUUUACUCUCUCUGAGAGGCGUUCCUUGGGCUUCAGCGCUAGGGUUUGGUGGCGGAACGGGCCCACUUGUAUGUAAUGUAGCGGUAUCGACGCCACCGUGGCAAUGACAUGUUGCUUUGAUGCACGA